GCGGUCAUCAAUACACAUGCAGUCCUCUACACUCAUUCUCUUCAUUAUCUAUCUUACCCUUCUUUUAGCCCCUCACUAUUAUUAUCUCUUCUUUUGUAGUGCCAUAAACACUUCUGUUUUUCACUUCUUGUUUUUGUACAUAUUUCAAAAGCUCAUUUUGCCCUGUUUCAUCUCCUCUGUUUUCUUGCAAAUGGCUCCCCUGCAUUCUCAAUUACUAGUUUUCAGCACCCUCAUUUUGCUUCUCAAUGUCCACUUAACUCAUACCACGUCGACAACUACAAUUGCCAAAGACCAAAUAACCUGCACAAUGUGCUCCUCCUGUGACAACCCAUGUCUGCCCAUUUUCUCUCCACCACCAUCAUCACCGCCACUGCCGCCACCAUCGUCAUCAAACUAUAAUUAUCCACCAUCUCCUUCAACACCACAAUCUUGCCCUAGAGGAGGCUGCUCUCAGCAGCCUCUAUCACCGCCUUAUAUUGGUGGAGGAGAUGGUGGUGGUGGUGGUGAUGGUGAUUACUACUAUUCUCCGACUGACCCUUCUGUAUACCCAAUCCCUCCACCUCCAAACCCCAUUGUACCGUAUUUCCCUUUUUAUUUUUACAACCCUCCUUCACCAUAUACAGUUGACUCCAAAUCCCUUCAGUUCAAGAACCAUCCUUUUAUCACUUGUCUCAUUCUUCUUCUGCCCAUUUUCUUGUUUCUUUGACCAUAAAUUUAUUCCACUUUAACCAAUCGGAAUACGAAUUUCAGGUUUAGAGACAAUGUAUUUUUUUUUUGGCUAGAGGAGGAACAAGAAGCUAGUAGUGGACUAAACAAAUUGGGCCACCAAAUUUCCAUGGCAUAUUUAAGAAUGUUUGAUUUGAAGACAUCUUAAUGUUCUUCUAUAUGAAAGGAGGAAUUGAACUAUCUCCCAAUCUACUUUUGCACAUGUGGUAUGUAGUAUAAAAUAUAUAUAUAUAUAUA